GCAGUGCCUGAUGGGAAUUGUAUUCUCUCUGCAGUGCCUACAGAGGAAGAGGACGAGGUGGACGAGCCCAACAGACCGAGGAAGAAGCAGAAGACAGACAAGCUGGGAUUGACACGGACGCCCCUGGUGACUCUGUCUGGUCACACGGAAGCCGUGUCCUCGCUGCUCUGGACGGACAGCGAGGAGAUCUGCAGUGCAUCGUGGGAUCAUACCAUCAAGCUGUGGGACGCCGAGACGGGCAGCCAGAAGAGCACACUGACCGGCAGUAAGGUGUUUAACUGCGUGAGCUACUCGCCGCUGUGCCGGCGGUUGGCUUCUGGCAGCAGCGACAGACACGUCCGCUUGUGGGACCCGCGAGCCAAAGACGGGUCUCUGGUGCUGCUGUCCUUGACGUCACACACGGGCUGGGUCACUGCAGUGGACUGGUCUCCCAGCCAUGAACACCAGCUAGUGUCAGGAUCCCUGGACAACAUCGUCAAGCUCUGGGACACCAGGAGCUGUAAGGCUCCCCUGUAUGAUCUGGCGGCCCAUGAGGACAAAGUGCUGUGUGUGAACUGGACGGAGAGUGGGAUGAUCCUGAGCGGGGGAGCUGACAACAAGCUUUACACGUACAAAUACCCCUCCUGCAUCACGGAUGCUGGUGCUUAGCAACGCUGUGCGGAUGCACGUUGCCGGGGCGAUUCAGCAUUCUUCCUUGAUAACCCUCAGCCCAGAAUAGAGGUUCAGACAUGUGUUGGACAUACGAUCUGACCCUGUAACCCUGACCCCUAGAUCUGAACUCUGACCCCCACUCUGGGCUCAGCUGGUCUGAUGUGGCCUUUGGAUGUAAAACCAGCAGCAGCAGACUGGCGUGAUGUCACACAGCCUGAGGAUGCGCUCUUUGUGGUCUGAUUUGUGUUGUUUUCAUCUGUAGCCAUCAAUGGUCUGUUUGUCAAUGCUACAAUACAAAAAAUGAUUUUUCUAA